UCAACUGUGGAUGAUUAUGUAAAUAGCAAAUCUCAUCAAGAAAAUAAAACCAAGGCUAAACGAAGUUCUGUACACACAUAUCAAAGAACUUUACAAACCACAUUAAGUGCUAGUGAUAAUAGAUGGGCUAUUAUCAAGGAUUUAGUUGAAGUAAUGGAAUCAAUCCCCCAGGCAUCAACUCUUCAACAAGUUUACUUACCUGAUAUUUUUGAAAAUCAUAUGGUGAUGCUUAAAAAUUUGUUUAGUGAAAAAUCAGUUUCUAUAAUCAUGGAUGAGACAAUGGAUAGCU